AGCAGAAAAAUUUAAAGAGAAUGAAAUAUUUUUGGAGCUCCUAUUAUAGCUUCAUAUCUCUUCUUCUUCUUCUUUCAUUAGCAACAUUGGGAUGUUGGGGUGACAAUGGGGAAGAUUUUGUUCACUGUAUUUCUCUUCAUUCCUCAAACAAUAAUGACUCAAAUACAACCCUCAUCCACACUCCAUCUUCUUCCUCUUAUUCUUAUGUUCUAAAUUUCUCCAUUCGAAACCUUAGAUUCUCCGAACCUGAAACUCCCAAGCCAGUGGCCAUCAUCACACCAUCACACGCUUCCCAUGUCCAAGCUGCAGUCAUUUGCUGCAAAAGCCAUGGCCUCCAAAUCCGAACUCGAAGUGGUGGCCACGACUUUGAAGGUCGUUCUUACGUCGCAAACGUCCCAUUCGUGUUGAUUGAUUUGAUAAACCUCAAUUCAAUUACCAUUGACACUGAGGACGAGAGUGCAUGGGUCCAAUCUGGGGCGACUAUCGGUAAACUCUAUUAUAGAAUCGCCGAGAAAAGUCAAACCCUUGGAUUUCCUGCGGGGUUCGCGCCGACUAUUGGAGUUGGGGGGUACUUGAGCGGCGGCGGGUUUGGGAUGAUGGUUAGAAAAUAUGGUCUUGCUGUAGAUAAUGUGGUGGAUGCUUAUGUUGUUGAUGCAAAUGGGAGAAUUUUUGAUAGACAUUCAAUGGGAGAGGAUUUGUUUUGGGCCAUUAGAGGAGGUGGGGGAGGAAGCUUUGGGAUUGUGUUGGCAUGGAAGUUGAAGUUGGUUCCAGUCCCUCCCAUUGUUACAUCCUUUGCUCUCCAUAAAACUUGGGACCAAAACGCGGCUGACUUAAUCCAUCGCUGGCAAUACGUCGCGCCGGAGGUAGAUGAAGAUCUUUUCAUCACCGCUUGGGUCACAGCAGCUUCAAAUUCAAGCAAAGAAGGUGGAAGAAUUAUGGAGGCUUCAUUCUUCUCUUUAUUUCUUGGAAAAGCAGACAAGCUUCUUUCUCUUAUGCAGAAGACUUUCCCAGAGCUGGGGCUUAAAAAAGAAGAUUGUCUAGAAAUGAGUUGGAUUGAAUCAAUGGCUUUUAUGGCAAGUGGGUUCGUUUCUGCAAAUAAUGUAAAGCUAUUGCUCGAUAGAACUCCACUAAGCAACGACAGAUACAAAACCAAAUCUGAUUAUGCAACUAAGCCCAUCUCAAAAACUGCCCUCGAAGGUAUGUGGGAAAGGUUCAAAAUUGAAGAACUAGAAACAGUGCAGCUCAUGUUGAUCCCUUUCGGAGGUAAAAUGAAUGAGAUUUCUGAAACAGAAACCCCUUUUGCAUAUCGAGCUGGAUAUCCCAUACAAAUCGGCUACUACGUUACAUGGCAAGAUCCCGAUGCUGAUUUGAGACACUUGAAAUGGACUCAAGAGCUCCACGAUUACAUGACUCCUUUUGUAUCGAAAUCACCGAGAGGUGCGUAUAUUAAUUAUAAAGACCUUGACAUUGGAACAAACAAAGAGGACGGGAUCCCGACCAGCUAUGAGGAAGCAGGCGUUUGGGGGCAUCCAUAUUUUGGGAAUAAUUUUGAAAGGUUGGUGGAAGUGAAAAUGAAAGUGGAUCCAUUUAACUUCUUUCGACAUGAGCAAAGCAUACCGCCAGCAAAGAUGGCUUCAUGCCCCGAUGUGCCUCAUGAGACCCUUCCUAAUGCAAUGCAAUAUCUCUAGACAAAAAUUACUAGCUAGUGCUUUUGGCUUUGAAAUAAUAAUGUAAUUCCAUUUAUGUUUUUAUGCAUCUUUAAUAAAAUAAAUAUUGGAUUGACCAUGGGAAAAAAUUAAGGA